AAGUCUCUCUUUUGCCUUCUUCUCAAGUUCUCAAGUAUAGGCCAUAAGUUGUGAGUCUGCUUCUGCUCAACUCGAACUAAAAUUCAAACAAAACCCAGCUCAAGACUUAAAGACUAAAAUCGCAUUGUAGUUUUAAAUAGUAGAGUAAGAAAACCACGCGUUUAAAGUAGAAAACGGGCGUCGUCGUACCAUUCGCGUCAUUCUAUUGGCGUCGCGUGUUUCAUACUCGGAUUCGCGAUUUAUAUAUAUAUAAAAAUAUAUAUAUAAAUAAAUAUAUAAAUAUAUUUAUAUAUAUAUCGAGACUCAUUGAGAAUCGAUGAGUCGUCGAUUACAAAAAGUGAUAUUUAAUAUUUUAUAUUAUUAAAUAAAUUUAUAUAUAUAUGUAAAUAUAAAUAUAUGUGAUUUAAAAAAAAAAGGGAAUAACAAGUGUGAUUUUUUUUACGUGUGUCAGACUGUGACGGAAUUCCAGAGUAUAUAUGACAGUAGUGUUAUAUACAUAUAUAUGUAUAUAUAUUUUUAAUUGUUUAAUAAUUAGACAAGUGGUUAAGUAUGAUUGUGAAUGUUUAUUUAAAUAAUUGUGAAAUAUGAUGGGAGUGAUUUAAAAUAUUUCAGAAUAAUAUUUGAAAAUUUUAUUUUAAAAAUGUGUACGAGGGAAUCGAUGGUAUUGGGGGUGACUGUGAAGUAUUAACCGGUAGAUUUAAAAUGGGGAUAAGAAUUUUGAGAAAGGCGAGGCUUAGAUCCUUUGGAAUAAUCAUUGAAAGUCUUUGGCUGCUUGCUAUAUUCUGUGGAACUUUAGAAGCAGCAAAUCUAAGACACACAAGACAAGCAGAUUUCCGUUCACAGUAUUUCAAUGUUGAAGAUUCAGUGACAAAAGAUGAUAAUCACAAUCAUAAACCUGUAUUUUAUGAUUGUCUUAAAUUGGCACCAAGAGUUAAAGAAGAUGAACCCGCGGGUACUAUUGUUAUAACAGUACACGCUGAAGAUCGUGAUCCACCAGACGAAGGAGGUACAAUAACUUACAGUUUUGUCACGGCACCUGGUGAAAAAUUAAAAUUUGAAAUAAAUAAUGUCACUGGAUUAAUAAAAACAACUCAGGUAUUAGAUAGAGAUGAACCGGCACGUGAAAAAGAAGCAUAUUUAACAGUAUUAGCAACAGAUAAUGGUCGUCCACAACUUGAUGAUGUUUGUACAUUUAAAGUAACAAUCGAAGACGUUAAUGAUAAUGCGCCGGUCUUUGACAAAGUCGUUUACACAGAAUCAGUGCCACAAGAUCACCCGCCAACCGCCGAGGUGAUGCGCGUAUCAGCAACAGAUAUCGACGACGGUAAUAAUUCCGUAAUCCAAUACAGUCUCACUGCAUCGCGUAAUACCGAUGACGCUUCUUACUUCAAAAUAGACGACAAAACUGGAGUUAUUUAUCUCAGCCAAGCAAUUAAGCACGGUCCCGAUUACAAAUUUCGUCUGAUAGCCCGCGCCCAAGAUCUUGGUCGCCCAGAGCCAAAAGCCAGUGAAAUAGAUUUGGAAAUCCGUGUCGUUGAUUCUUACAAAAAAGCUCCCACAUUUUUAGGAACUUCAGCAAAUACUCUAAACCCACUUUUAAUUCCCGAAAAUUUUACUGGUUUUGAUCUAUCAUUAGUUCAAGUAACCGCCGCUUCAAAUAUUCCCGACAACCCAAACGGUCUUAUAUUUGAAUUAGUUACCGGUGGAACAGAACAAGCUAACAAAGCCAACACAUUUCGUCUCGAAUCCGAAGGUAAUACUGCGCACAUAAAAUUAGCUCAGCAUCUUGACUACGAGCGUGUUACCGAAUACACUUUAAUCGUUCGUGUUCAAAACAACUAUGAUUUAGCCGCCGAAACGGUUGUAAACAUUCAAGUAUUGGAUGUCAAUGACAAUAUUCCCGUUUUUGUUGAAAUGAAAAAAGGAAGUGUUUUAGAAAAUGAGUCACCAGGUGUACCAGUAAUGCAGGUCCGCGCUAUCGAUCAUGAUGGAACAGAAGCCAACAAUCAAGUGACCUACGAACUAGAUAACUACAAAGAUUAUUUUGCAAUCGAUAAAUAUACCGGUAAUAUAACAACACUGACAACUUUCGAUCGUGAAAAAGUCGAUACUUAUAAUGUAAAAAUAAUAGCGACAGAUAAUUCACCCAGUGCUUUAUACAAAACCGGUGAACCAAAUCGAGGACAACAAGAUUUCCGUAUUGAAAUAGCUGACAAAAAUGAUAACCCACCGCAUUUUAAUCGCUCCGUUUAUACCGCAAAUUCGAUUCUCGAAAAUACGAAUGUCAAUGCACUAGUUACUGAAGUAAAAGCUGAUGAUAAUGACACAGCUAGUCCUGUUUUUUACUCAAUAAUUGCUGGUAAUGCUGAUGACAGUUUUUACAUCGAAGGUACAACUGGUAAAAUUCGUAUAAAACGUCCACUUGAUUACGAAAAAAUAACAGAAUAUAAUUUAACAGUACGCGCAUUUGAUGGCAUGUACGCAGACAAUGCAACAGUCAAAAUAUUUAUUGAAAACGUGAAUGAUAACCCCCCAAUAUUUACACAGGACUUCGAUCGCAAUCCAACAAUUGAAGAAGAAAAACUUAUCAAUGGCUGCUUGACCCAAGUAAGCGCUUACGAUCCUGAUAUUAAAAAUCGUAGCGCAGAUCAGCAUAUCGCAUAUUUUAUUGUCAAAGAAGAUCAGCAACCUCUGUUAGAAAUAAGCAAAACUGGUUGUAUUAAAUUGAAAAAACCAUUGGACCGCGAUCCGCCGACAGGUUAUCCCAUGUGGACAGUUAUCGUGAUGGCGCGUGAUGAAGAUGGCGCUCCAACGGCAUUGCAGGCAUUGGUGAUGGUCAACAUAACCCUGAUAGACAUUAACGACAACGCGCCAUUUUUAGAUAUGAUCCAACCGGUAGUUUGGUAUGAAAACCAACAGCCAGAUAACAUCACAAAAUUACGCGCCCGUGAUUUUGAUUCCGAUGAAAACGGGCCGCCCUUCCAUUUUUCAAUUGACCCGGCAGCUGACAAUAGUAUUGACUUAUUUGAAAAAUUCAGUAUUAUCGGUGACGAUUUACGCGCGAAUGUUGUUUUUGAUCGUGAAGAAUGCAAACAAUAUGAAUUACCGAUCGUUAUUAGCGACAGUGGACGCCCUAGAUCAAUGACCGGUACAUCAACGCUGACUAUUGUCAUUGGUGAUGAAAAUGACAACCGAAUGGAAGAAGGCACCAGUUCUAUUUUUGUAUAUAAUUAUAAGAACAAAGGAAAGAAUCAACUAGACAAUGAAGAUGUCAUUCAAGAUACUGAAAUUGGACGGGUUUACGUCAAUGAUCUAGACGAUUGGGAUUUACCAGAUAAAUAUUUUUCUUGGUUAGACGGCGGUGAUUAUCAUGAAGGAUUUAGUUUAGACCCACAUACUGGUAUGAUAACAAUGCUCUCAUCAAAUACUUGGGUUGAUAAUACCUACUUAUUAAAAUUUGUUGUAAAAGAAUCGAGCCCGUUGAUUCCUAGUCAUACUGUUAAUGCUUACGUUAAUGUAACAGUUAAAUUAAUACCCGAAGAAGCUGUUAUUAAAUCUGGUUCAAUAAGAUUUUAUGGGGCAACACCUGAAGAAUUUGUUGCGCCGAGAAAAGAUUCUAAUAUUAGCAAAAAAGAUAUUUUUCAUGAGCGAUUAGCGACAAUAUUAAACACGACUAUUGAUAACAUUGAUGUUUUUACGGUACUAGUGUCUCCUCAUCAACAAGGAUUCCAAAGUAAGGACACUAAGAAACGAGUGCCUCUGCUGGAUGUUCGUUUUUCGGCCCACGGAAGCCCGUACUAUGCUGCAGAAAAAUUAAAUACUAUUGUAUCCCGGCAUGCGGUUAACAUCGAACGUGAAUUAGAGAUGGACAUAAUGAUGGUCAGCAUCGAUGAGUGUCUGCAAGAGCAAGUUCACUGUAACAAUUCAUGCCGUAAUUAUCUAAACAUAUCAGGAACCCGCCCGUAUGUUGUUUACACAAACUUGACAUCAUUUGUUGGCGUUCGAGCCAUCGUUGAUCCUCAGUGUACGUGUCAUGUUGCCGAGCCAAUCGUGUGUCUCAAUGGUGGAACGCCUUUGCUUGCGGGUACCCCAAUGCGCUCUGGUGAAAUAGUCGGUACUGAACGCUGCGAGUGUCCGCCGGGGCUCGAAGGACCAAGGUGCGAAUUAUUAGACAUCGCUUUCCAUGGUGAUGGAUGGGCAGUUAUGCCUGCUCUUGAAAAAGCCUGCGAUGAUUCACAUCUAGGAGUUGAACUAAAAACAUUCAAUGAUUUCGGACUGGUAUUUUAUAUCGGUCCGAUGAUUUACAGCAAAACUCUUGGGGUUCAAGACUUUAUGUCUUUAGAAAUUCAAAAUGGAUAUCCGGUUUUGUAUGUCAACUAUGGCAGUGGUACAGUUCGACUUGAACAGAAUCAAAUAAAACUUAGCGACGGUAAAGAACAUCGGAUUGAUAUUUACUGGACUAAGUCCGUUGUUGAAAUGAAAAUAGACAAUUGCGGUGGGUCGAAUUGUAUGAGUCUAGGUGGCCCGCCAGGUGACAAUAAUUUUCUUAAUGUUAAUUCGCCUGUACAAAUUGGCGGCAAUGGACUAGGAACAACUGAUUUCCAUCAAUUAUCUGAAUUAUUUAACUGGACAUUCACUCCCACUGAUCGUGGUUUCUACGGUUGCAUUCGCAACAUGACUAUCAAUGGUAACACUUAUAAUUUUGGUAAUUUAGCUUUGGCUAAGAAUGCAUACGCUGGAUGUGACAGUGGAAUGGCUAAAGCAGUAUCGUUUUCACUGGAUACAAACUUUUGGGUUGUUAUUGCCGUUUGUUUGAUAAUAUUGUUCUUGCUUGUUGCGGGAAUAUUCGCACACAGGCGUAGAAGUGAUGAACACUAUAAAGACAUGGAUGACAUUAGAGAAAAUAUAAUAAACUACGAGGAUGAAGGUGGCGGCGAAGUAGAUACCGGUUAUGAUUUGAAUGUCCUAAGGCGAAUUUACGAUUCUCCGAGCGUCCUAGGUGGCGGUAAUGGUGGUAUUGAUUCGAAACUUGCUUCUGUUAUUAAUCAAGGCAAAGGUGGUAUUGGUAAUGAUGAAAUACCGGAUAUAUGUAGUUUUCUGGAUGGAAAAAAAUCAAAUUGUGAUAAAGAUCCGGACAUUAAUCCAUUUGAUGAUGUCCGACAUUAUGCUUAUGAAGGUGAUGGUAAUUCAGAUGGUUCAUUGUCGUCAUUGGCAUCUUGUACUGAUGAUGGUGAUCUGAAAUUUAAUUAUUUGUCGAAUUUUGGACCAAGAUUUAGAAAGUUGGCUGAUAUGUAUGGCGAGGAACCGAGUGAUGAUGAUGAUGAUGAUGAAGAUGAUGAUGACAAUGUUGGUGUUGAUGUUGGUGAUGUUGAUAAUGAUAGUAAUAUUAAUAAUGAUGCAUGUAGACGUAGGCGAUUUAGACAGGAUGAUAAUCAUGGUAAUAAUAGUGGUAUUAAUAAUGAUAAUAGACCAGCGCCUAUGCCUAGAAUAAGAAAUACUGGUAAUGAUGAACGAGAGAGUGAAAGUUGGUGUUGAUUUUAUUGUGAUUAUUACUGGUAAUUAUUAUUAUAUAUAAUCAUAAUUAUUUAUAUUAAUGAUAGUGAGUUUUACUUAUUAGUAAUUAUUACUGGUUAUUGUUAACAAAGAUCAUUAUUAAGAACUAUAACUAUUAGUUCCGUAUUUUUAUUAAAAAUCAUGAUAAUAUUUACAUGAACAGUUUCUAUUACUAGUAGUAAUAAAUACUGUCAUCGAUAGCAACGAUUGUUGUUAUUAAUACUAAUUAAUGGCUCUACAGUCAGUUACUAUUGUUGAUAGUAAUUAUUACCGUCAUUAAGACUAAUAAAUAUCGUGAUUCAUAAUGGUUAUUAUAAGUAGACAUAAAAACUGUCAACAAUAACGAUAAUUAUAAUUAAAGAUUUAAAAAAAAAAUUUUUUAAAACAGUGAAUAAUAGUACCAGUAAUUAUUACAGUCUUUAAUAGUAAUACAUAUCAUUGAUAAUAAUUAUUUGAGUUAUAAAUACAGUCAUCAAUAGCGAUAAUUAAUAUUAAUAAUAUUAAAUAUCUAUGAAUAGUUAAUAUUACUAACAGUAAUGAUUAUCGUCAUUAAUAGUAACUUAUUACUAUUAAAAGAAUUAUCGUCAUUCAUUAUGAUUAUUAUUGCUAGUAAUUAAUACUGUCAUUAAUAACAAUGAUUGUUACUGAUUGUGAUAAAUAUUAUUAUGAACAGUCACUAUUAUUAAUAUUAAUAAAUACUAUCGUUAUAGUAAUAAUUACCACCAUUAAUAGUGAUUGCUAUUAUGAGUAAUUAAUACUCUGAUUAAUAACAAUAAUUGUUACGGAUAGUCGUAAAUAUUAUCAUGAACAGUAACUAUCAUUAAUAGUAAUAAUUCCCGUAAUUGAUAAUAAUGAUUAUAAUCACUAGUAGGUAUUAUUAUAAUUAGUAGUGAGUCAUUAUUAAUUACUAGUAUCAGCAACGGUAAUUAUUACCAACCUAAAUAAUGGCCAUUGAUAUAAAUAAUAAUGAUUAUCAUUAAUUAAUAAUUAUCGGUAACGAGCUUGAUAGUAAAAAACAAAAAAUCUCAUUUACGUAAUAAUGUUAUCAUGUACUUAAUUACUAUUAAUUAUAAUUAUUAAUACUAUACUAAAUAUUGAUAUGAUAAUUUUGAAGGUUAAUUACGGAAUUUUAUACGUGAAAAAAAAAAUUAAUUAAUUUUUUUUUUUCCAAACAAGACUAAAAAAAAAUUCUGUGCCUUAAAUACGCCUUAUUUUAAAACAGAAAAAGUAGUAAAUUAACUAUAGAUAGUUAGUGAAUAAUCAUUCCACGUACAUAUACAUUAAUUUUGUGCAAACAAUUAAAACAAAAAGAAAAGCUUUGUUUCGAAUGCGUUAAAAUACGCCAAAGAAAAAUUAAUUUGUUUAUGUACGAACGCCAAUGGCAGCUAAAAAAAUCAAAGUGAUUUUUAUAUUAAAACAAAUUUUUUCGCUUAUAAAAAUAUAUGUAUACAUAUAUAGAUAUAUAUAUAUAUAUAUAUAUAUGAUUAUUUAUAGCGUAUUGCAUAUUAUAGGUAAUAAUUAAUAACAAUGAAAGAGGAAUAGAAAUUUUUCAAAGGAAAAAUGACCAUAUUAUAAUUUAUAGGUUAGUGUAAAUUAAUUUUUUUAUUACUGAAGAACAAACGAAAUUAAAUUAAUUAAUUAAAGAACAAUCAUUGUAACUUGUAUUUAUAUUUUUCAUCGUAUUUCUUUUUUUAUAAUAUACUAAACUUAAACUUACUCAGUAAUCAAGUGAAACAAUGAAAUAUUUUUUGUAUUUUGUAAUUGAGACAAAUAUUUUGUCACACAAUUAAACAUUUCGUUUUGUGUCCCCGAAUUAUUAUUAUUAUUAUAAUUAUUAUUACUUUUUUUUUUUUCCGAUUUAAGACUGAAAUUUUUUACUCUUUAUUUUGCGAUUAAAAUAAAAUUUGUUCGGCUGAUCUUCCAUUAGGUGUCGGUAAAAAAAUCCUAAACAAUGAAAAGUUAACCAAAAUAAUCCUAAAUAAAGAUAUUUCGUAUUAUCCAAUAAAAAUAUUCAAACAUAGUCACAUGUGAUCGUAUGUGAUCAUAAAUAUUAAUAAUUAUAACCAUAUAUAAUAUCUUGUAUGAUCACAAAUGAUCAUAUGGAUACGUACAAUCAUAUAUGAGCAUAUACGAUCACAUUUGAACAUAUGUGAUAUCAUCUGGUCUAAAACAAAUUCAAACACUCACAUCAUAUGCCUAGUAUGCUUAUAUAUGACCAUACCUGGUAUCAUAUAAUUUUAUCUGAUCAUAUGUGACAUAAUGAUCACAUUUUAUAUUCAGUCUGAUUAUAUAUGACAAUAUCUGAUAUCAUUUAUGAUUGUAUAUGAUCGUAUCUGAUAUCGAAAUUUUACCUCUGAUAUAUAACUAUAUAUUAUCAGAUAACAUUAUUUUUAGUAUCCAACCUAAUUUAUGUAUUCUAUAUGGCCAUAUCUGGAAUCGUAUAUCAUAUCUAAUUCAAGGUCACUAUAUUUUAUAGAUAAUUAUAUAUGAUUUCUGAUAUCAUAUAUGAUCAUAUAUAAUAUGAGCACAUCUAAUAUCCAGUCUGACCAUACAUAUAUAUAUCCGAUAUGAUUUUAUAUGAUCAAAAUUUUAUUUUUGAUAUAUAACCAUAUAUAAUCAGAUACAUUUAUUUUUAGUAUUCAGCCAAAUUUAAGUAUUCUUAUAUGAUCCUACCUGGGAUCAUAUAUGACCAUAUCAGAUGUCAUAUAUGGUUUUAUGUUAUCAAAAAUUUAUUUCUGACGUAUGACCAUAUAUGAUCAGAUAAAUUGUUUUUUAGUAUUCAGUCAACUCUGAGUAUUUAUAUAUGAUCAUAUAUGAAUAUUUUAUACGAGGUAACUAUUGUACAUAAGUACAAUAAUUUACUAAGUAAAAAACACUUUUUUUUAGGAUUUUAUUGUUCAGAUUUUUUUAGGAUUUUUUGCCCGGUAAUUCUUCCAUUCCUCUAUUGUUUACGUAUUGUUUUCAAAACAAUUAUUGCAUUUAUCUACAAAUAUAUAGUAUAAAUAGUUGCCUUCGAAAGUAAACAAGAAUUUAUCAACAAUAUUUAUAAUUAGGGUGCGGAAUUUUAGAACAAAAUUUUUUUUCAGGUUAGUAAACAAAACUUUAAAAAAGACAAACAAUACAUUUGUAAUUUUAAUCGUGUUUAUUAAUUAACUUCAAAAUGCGAUAAAUUUAAUUGGUAAUUAUUUUAUAAAUUAUUUAAUUCAGAAGAUUUUAAAAAACCGGUUAUUAUUUUAAAUAACAAUUAAUAUUCAAGUAAUUGUUACCGUGUUACAAUUCAAUAAAAAACUUUUUCAACGAAAUAUAAUUUAAAAAAAAAUUUUCGCUCUAAAAUAAAGGACCCUUUCAAUAUUUUAAUAAUUGUUAAUUAUAAACUAAAGUUGAAUAUAAAAAAAGAUGAUAAAUAUUUGUUGGAAAAAAUAAACAGUAAAAUUUAUGAAAUAUAAAUGUUAAAAAAAUAAAUAAAUAUGAAAUUUAUGAAAUAUAUUGUUUUUUUUAACAAUUUACAAAUUUUUAAAAGUC